AUGGUUUAUUACGAUAGUUCUUUGUUAUUUUACUCAGCUGUCUCGGUUUCUUAUCCGAGAAACCAGACUCUUCCUGAUUCAGCGUGGAAAGCCUUCUGUUAUACUAUCAUGCAAUCUAAAGAGAGUCUACAACGUAAUGCCUGCGACAGAUGCCGUGGUCAGAAGCUUCGCUGUGUUCGACUAUUAAACCCUGACAUUGAAGACUGUGAAGGUGCUGCUCAACAAAAGUCGGAGUGCUGCGAACGUUGCAAGAAAGCUGGCGCAAUAUGUAUCAAUACACUUGUUCGGCAACGGAAGGUUAUAAGAUCAGAUUCUGAACGAUGGCCUCGAGACUCUGCUCCUCAGGACUCGGAGACUGUUCAGCAGAGAUUUGCUUCGGAAUCAGAACACAAUACUAGUACCAACAUAGGACUGAAUGGCGAUACUUCCAAAAAUACGAAUUCUGUCACAGUGCAGCAGCUGGAGACGAGUUAUCAGGAAGCUUUCAGCGAGAGACCGGUCAAACGAAGGUCGACAGAGCGAUUCUUUGGUUCUCCAACCCUCCAUCAGCAUCUUAAUGGAAGGAAUGGAGGAGAUCCGAUCACUGGUAACGCUCAAUUGCUGCGUCCUGUUGACACGCCUCCCUUAAGUGCUAGUAGCGGAUCAAGCUCCAGAAUUAAUACAGCAUUCGCAGCCGAUAGACCCGACAUUGAAGUCAGGCCAAUUCCCGACUUUGCUGGUCAAUCUGACGCUUCUGAAAACAUCAUGGGCCUGUUCUUCGACCAAGACGACCAAAACCAUAUGAAGCCAGAACUUCGUACUAAUCCAGUGGUUAAGCACAUACUAACUCCCAUGGCCACCAAAGAAGACUGUAUGAACUGCUUAUCCGAACUCAGCGCAAGAUUAUUGAAAGACUUCAGCAAAACAAACUUUGCGAAUCUCUCGGAUAUUCUAUCAUUCCCCCCGAUGUCUUUGAAAAACACCCUUGGUCGAGUCUUGGAAAGUUCACAACAUUUUCUUGAAAUAGUUCAAUUUCUGAAUGACUUUUCAAGCCCCGGGAAUUUGAAUCCAAACUCCAGUGCCGAAUCCGAAUGCUCGUACUCCGAAGUUUGGGAUGAGAACGACUUCUUGUCUGGUCUAUCAACGGCCUAUAAUGAUGGAAGUACUGUUGGCGCAACCAUUGGUGAUUCCAACAUUUCAUUCACGAAGAACUCUCAUCACCAGAUUCCAAUUGUGGAUAUGCCGACAACCUUAACUAUACUUACCUGUUAUAUGUGGCUGCUACAAACAUACAAUGCGAUUUUCUCGCGAAUUCACACCUCACUAUCGAAUCACUCACAGUCCUCACCACCGUCGAUGCCAUGCAUACUACCAGGACUUCACAUCGGAGGAUUUGACCUGGACAAUCACAUGGACUUGCAAAUGGAGAUUCUCAUCCAAGUCACUUCAAAAAGACUCGAACAAAUUGAGGAAACCCUUGGAAUCGACGUCAUCUCUCAAUCACAUGAGAUGAACGACAUCAAAACACCCAUGGAACCAGGAAUUCUAGACACAACUACGGCAACUGCUUUGCUGGAAGUCAUGUUCCGUCAGGACGGGUACAAAUCGCGUUCGAGAGAAAAACCACGGAGCGCUGCUUUGGUCAAACAGACUAUGGAUGAUAUUCGAAGACUUUUGAUAUCGAAGAGAAUGUGA